CUCGACCAAAUUCGUUGUGUUGUGUUUUUGCUUAUGCCUCGUUUUGGAACAGAAGAAUGAGAAGGUCUCCCAAACACUCGAGUAUCGGCGCCGGAUACAUAUUUCCGCCGGAGACUUGACGCUGAUUGCAAGUCCGAUCUGAAAGUAUCGGCGCCGUCGUCAUAGCAUGUCCUGAACAACACAAGAAACUUCAUUAUUACCGCCAUGGUUGAGCUCCCCAAAGUCCUAUCCCCUACACUGGUUCUAAAGCUCCUCAAAGCAGAGAAAAACCCCAAUUCGGCGCUCGCUCUGUUCGAUUCGGCGUCUCAGCAUCCUGGUUAUGCUCAUUCACCAUUCGUGUUCCACAACAUUCUCCGGCGACUUAUUGAUCCGAAGCUCGUUGUUCACGUUGGUCGGAUUGUCGAGCUGAUACGAUCUCAGAGAUGCAUCUGCUCCGAAGAUGUUGCGCUGACGGCUAUCAAAGCAUAUACUAAGUGUUCGAUGCCCGAUGAUGCUCUGCAUUUAUUUCAGCGAAUGGUAGACAUUUUUGGGUGUAAACCGGGAAUUAGGUCAUAUAAUUCUAUGCUUAAUGCGUUCAUUGAAUCUAAUCAAUGGAGCCGUGCUGAACUGUUUUUCACAUACUUUCAGACGGUGGGCAUGUCGCCCAAUCUGCAAACGUAUAAUAUUUUGAUCAAGAUAUCGUGCAAGAAGAAGCAAUUUGAAAAGGCGAAGAGGUUGUUGAAUUGGAUAUCGGAGAAGGGUUUGAGCCCAAAUGUUUUCAGCUAUGGUACUUUAAUUAAUGCACUUGCUAAGAGUGGUAACCUAUCGGAUGCCCUGAACCUGUUUGAUGAAAUGUCUGAGAGAGGGGUGAACCCUGAUGUUCUGUGUUAUAAUAUUCUGAUUGAUGGGUUUUUCAGGAAAGGAGAUUUCGUGAAGGCUAGUGAGGUUUGGGAGAGAUUACUGAGGGAAUCUUCAGUUUAUCCGAGUGUGGCGACAUAUAACAUUAUGAUUAAUGGUUUAUGUAAGCUGGGGAAGUUCGAUGAGAGUAUGGAGAUAUGGAAUAGAAUGAAGAAGAACCAAAGGUCACUUGACUUAUUUACUUAUAGCUCUAUGAUCCAUGGCUUGAGCAAAGCAGGAAACUUCCAUGCUGCUGAGAGAGUUUUUCAGGAGAUGGUUGACGUUGGGUUAUCCCCUGAUGUGACAACAUAUAAUACAAUGCUAAGUGCUCUAUUUCAAGCCGGUAAGCUAAUGAAAUGCUUUGAGUUAUGGGAGCUUAUGAGUAAGAAUAACUGUUGCAAUAUUGUCAGCUAUAACAUAUUCAUUCAAGGGUUGUUUGACAACAAGAAAGUGGAAGAAGCGAUUUGUAACUGGCAGCUCUUACAUGAGAGAGGCUUUACUGCUGAUUCAACUACUUAUGGACUGUUGAUUCACGGGUUGUGUAAAAAUGGAUACUUGAAUAAGGCUUUAAGGAUACUAAAAGAAGCAGAAAAUGAGGGAGCUGAUUUGGAUAUAUUUGCGUACUCCUCGAUGAUCAAUGGGUUAUGCAAAGAAGCAAGGUUGGAUCAAGCGGUCGAGCUGGUUCAUCAGAUGAACACACAUAAACAUAAACUGAAUUCUUAUGUCUUCAAUUCACUGAUUAAUGGAUAUGUCCGAGCUUCUAAGCUUGAGGAGGCUACUUUUCUUUUAAGGGAAAUGAGCAAGAAAGGCUGUUCUCCUACUGUGGUCUCCUACAACACUCUUAUCAAUGGACUGUGCAAGGCAGAAAGAUUUAGCGAUGCAUAUCUUUUUCUGAAGGAGAUGCUGGAAAAGGGUUUGAAGCCUGAUAUGAUUACCUAUAGCUUGUUGAUUGAUGGCCUUUGUCGAGGAGAUAAGCUCGACAUGGCACUCAACUUAUGGGAUCAAUGUAUCAACAAGGGUCUUAAGCCCGAUGUAACCAUACACAACAUAAUAAUUCAUGGUCUUUGUAGGGCCCGGAAUGUCGAUGUUGCGCUGAAAUUUUUUACUGAAAUGGCACAGGUGAACUGUGUUCCUGAUCUCGUAACACACAACACCAUCAUGGAAGGCCUUUACAAGGUCGGAGACUGCGUAGAGGCUUUAAAAAUUUGGGACCGUAUCUUGGAAGAGGGUCUUCAGCCAGAUAUUAUGUCUUAUAACAUUACCUUUAAGGGACUCUGUUCUUGUGCUAGAGUUUCGGAUGCCAUUGGAUUCUUAUAUGAUGCUUUGAAACAUGGAGUUCUUCCGACUGCCACAACAUGGAACAUUCUUGUAAGAGCUGUUGUCGAUGAUAGACCUUUAAUGGAAUAUGCCCUUGUUCCAGAGUCUAGGACAUGAUCGGAUUCUUAUGUGAUGCUCUGAAUCCAGGAAUUCUUCCAACUUCCAUAACAUUAAAUGUUCUUGCUUUGGGAAAUUAUUGACGAUGGAUCUUCAACAUCUUCUUGAUUGAAAUGAUUUUAGAAAUGACAACCUUUGUUCAUACGAAAACUGAAAAACCAUAGCAAUAAGAACUACCCCAAAAACUGCAACUUUUCGCCAAUCAGGUGAAGAAAGGAACGACUCGGCAAUCACUAUAACAAGCAGGCCAAUGAAUGCAAGAUAGAUAUAUCGCCUCGUCUUCGAACCAGCGGUUUCAUUUACUCCUCAAAGACCUGCAUCUGGCUCUCAAUGUUCUCCAUAAUCUGUUCAUCAAAUAACAUGAACAAGAAGAAAUGGGUUACAUUCCAAACUGCAAAAUUCAUUGACAAAUGAGAAAAAAAA